UGAUGAAAGCUGUAAAGCCAUCUCGCUUUGCUGUUUUUGGAUCUGUGUUUUUUUUUUCUUCUUCUUCUUGUUCCUUUUCUUCUUGUGUUUUGCUUUCCCCUUUCCCCUUGCAUAUCCUGGAAAUUGAUUUGUCCCGGAACCAAAGCUGUUAAUUACGUUUUUUUUUAAUUAACUGCAAACAGGCCUGUUAUGCCCAGACAGUCAGCUUGAGCUUUACCACGCACAGACCGAACCCCAGCCCCAGGCAUGGAUUCCUCCAUGGAUAUGGGAGGCGGCCCCGGUGGAGUGGCUGUCCUCACCUUCAAAAGCAUCGCAUGGUUGGUAGGGCUGUGGAUGGCGUACAAGGUGGGAGUUGCGCUGUACAACAUCUCUCCUUUUCACCCGCUCGCCGCAUUCCCCGGCCCUAAGAUAGCUGCCGCCAGCUAUCUGUACGAGGGAUAUUGGGAUUUCUGGCGGGUUGGAAGGUACACAAAGGUCAUUGAGCAGAUGCACAAGAAAUAUGGCCCCAUCGUACGCAUCAACCCUGACGAGCUUCACUGCUCCGAUCCUCUAUUCGUCCACGAGAUCUACGCCGGUCCCGGCCGCGUCCGCGACCGCUGGCAGCAUGCCAUCAACACGGGCGGCAGCGGACCCAUCGCGGUGACGGGCUUCUCCACCAUAUCGCACGAGCUGCACCGGCAGCGACGCGCACCCCUGAACCGCUUCUUCUCGCGGCAACAGAUGCUCAAGCUUGAAGGGGAGGUGCUCGACUACGCGCAGCGCACCGUGGCCAAGAUUCUGCGGACCGAGGCCGGCAAGGGUGCGUUCGAGAUCAAGGAGGCCUUCAACUGCUUCACCGCCGACGUCAUUGGGCAGUACGCGUUCGGCCAGACCAUGGGCUUCGUCGACCAGGAGGGCUGGGAGCCCAGCUUCGCCACCAUGGUCGGCAGCUUCCUGAGGAGCGCGUACGUGAUGCGCCACGUCGCCAUCGCGCGCUGGGCCAGCGGGUUCUUGCCUUUUAUGGCCGACUACCUCGGCGAGGAUAUUCGAUACGUCAUGAACAUGCUGGCCGUCACCAUCCCGGGCUACAUCAAGGCCUCGCUGGACGACCCUCAGAACGGCCGUGUGUUUGCCGAUCUGAUGCAGGACGAGAAGAUGCCCGAGGAGGAAAAGUCCAUGUAUCGGCUGUCGGGUGAAGGUUUCAACUUUUUGCUGGCUGGUACCGAGACAACUGCUGCAACCCUCACCUCUCUAACGUUCCACCUCCUGGACCAACCCAAGCUCUACGCACGCCUUAUGAAGGAACUCGAAGGCGUCGACCCGGACAAGCCCAAGUGGACCGACGUGGAGCAGCGCCCUUACGUCUGGGCGCUGGUGCACGAGUCGCUGCGCACCAUGCCGGGAGUCUCACACCGCUCGGCCCGCAUCGCCCGGGAGGAGGACCUGGUUUACAAGUCGCAGGACGGCAAGUGGAGCUAUGUGGUCCCGCGGGGCACCCCGAUCGGCCAGAGCUCCAUGAUCAGCCACUGGGACGAGAAAAUGUUCCCCGACCCCGAUAGGUUCGACCCGGAGCGCUGGCUGCUCGAGGAUGGGACCCCCAACAUCGCGCUGGCAAAGUACCUCAUCGCUUUUGGAAAGGGCAGCCGCUCGUGCCUGGGUGAAAACCUGGCCUACUGCGAGGUUUACAUCAUGCUGGCCCUGGUCGCGUACAAGAUCCUCCCGCGGGCCAAGCUUGUCGAUACGACGAUUGAGGACCUGACGUACGACCACGAUUUGAUUGUCCUCCAGACCAAGAAGGGCUCAAUUUCGGUCAAGGUUGCGAUUGAAUGAGGCUGAAAAAGGACAAGAAUCUAUUUUUGUCUUGUGGUGGCGCUAGGAAGCGAAAGAAGCAACGUUGGUUUUGAGUAGAUCCGGGGUAGAUGCUACUUUUAGGCCAGUAUCUAGUGGAUUAACUAACCAUCUUAAUAGUACAUAAGGGUUUAUGUUUGUUAGAACUAAUUUGGCGCUGAAUCAAAUAUUUCCGGG